CUGUGUGUGUAUGUAGUCACUGUAGUAUUUUCGUGCGAGACGCGAUGUUAUGAAUGUACAGAGCGUUGCUUUUUGGCCCGAAGCCAGGAACGAAAUUCUAGCCGGAAUAUCGUCUCUACCCUACAAUUCUAUCGCAUUGUGAGUUCGAGCGGUGUUCGAACGUGGACCGCACGGAUCGAUUCAUUAAGAAAAUCACAUUUUCCGACCGCACAAACAAAAAUCCGUCGCAAAAAAAAAAACAGGCGAAAAGGAUUGGAAACAUAUUCUGUGACAGUGUUCAGUGAUACCUGUGUUUGUUUGUUCUAUUUCGUUAUCCCUCCCUUCGUGCAAAUCAACUAGCAAAAGGACCAGUCUAAUUUGAAAGAGAUACGCGAUGCACCUCCAGACCGAGAAGCCGAAAAAUUGCCCGGUGAUUAAACUGGGUAAGAGACGCUCCCGCCGGCGCAACAGGAAGAGGAGUAUGGAAGUUGUGGCCGUUGCGAAACCUGAACCGGAUUUCGGGGAUUUGGAUGCCGGCGAUGACAUUUACCUAACCAAACUUGGAACGGUGAUUCCCAGGACGGGGAAAAUAUUUUCCUUCACCUUCUGGAGGACGCAGUUGAAGAAUGACGUCUUCUGGAGCGUCCAAGGAGUCGAUUAUGAUAACGACGGUGGUGCUUGGAUCGUGACCGAAUACUUCGGACCACCUGAAAAGGCGAGUCGCUUCUUGCAGGAGGUGACUGUGAUGCAUCCCACGGAGAAAUGUGUGCAAAUGAGGUACACAUCAACGAUGGAACCGGGCAAGAAUUGCGUAUUCAUUUCAAGGCACAUACUUCAGCAUUUCAAGAGCUCAGACAGCAACUCGUUCGAAUUCGAGUUCAGGAUACUGAGAUGGCGUGGCAGACCGACGAAACAAAGCAAAUGUUAUUAAAGAGGCUUUUUUUUUAAUGUAAACGAAAAACGAACACAAGACAUACAGAGACUCACAAACCAAUAAGCACGCAUUCAGUGAGCCAAAUGCGAGUGGAAGCAUCAUCUUCCGAUUGGCAAUAUUUGGCUUCGAAAAAGACGAAUAUUAUAUGAACAAAAACAAAACGAAAUCCGAUUGACUCAAGAUGAAUCAAAAGAAAACGCGACGUCAAAGCCGCACACGGUGGCUCAUGUUUAUUUACCAUUCCUGAUCUAUCUCAUCUAAUUAACAUUAGAUUAGUUUAGAAUGCAGGAACCCGAACGACGUGCGUCAAACAUCCCAUGUUUGUUUUGAAGAAAACAACAAUAAAAAUGAGUAAAUAUUGAAACAUUUAUGAAUGGGAAACAAUGCGCACGGAUGUAACAGACAAACAUUUGCUGUUUAAUUUUGUCAUUGUCAGUUUUGACUAAAGAAUGUUACCGAAUGAAUCAUUUUCUACUAUCUUUUUUUUAUCUUGUACACGUACUACCUCGAAGAACAUAUCAGUUUUUGAGCUUUCUUUAAUAGCUAAUAUUAAUAUUAUUAUGUAACGCAAUUUAAAUGUAUUAAUUUUAUAGCUAUGAUUAUAAAUGACGCAAGGUUUUCCAAGUGCCAACAAUCAAUUU